ACCUCCCUCCCUCCCCUCUCGAAUCCGCCCGCCCCCAAAGCUCCCGAUCCCCCACCUCGUCCUCCAGCAGUCCAGCUCCAGCUCGAUCGCGUUCGCGGCCCCCCACUCCGCCCUCCAGGAUAAGUAGCCGGUGGUUUCCUUGCCACAGGUUUUGCGGUUGCGGGGGCGAGCACAAUCCAUCCGGUCCGGUUCGGCCAAUGCUCCUGCGGUUUCUUGGAGACGCAGGGAUCCAUGCCGCGUUAGGCGAGCGGCAGUAGGGGCAUCGAGAUUCGCCAUCCUUGUCCGGGGGAUUUCUCGGUUUCUCGGGCGGGGAAUUCUGUUGCGGCGGAAAAAAAAAGGAAUUCUUUCGUCGGAUUGGCCGAAGCUCUUGGUUGAUCCGUUACAAAGGCCCCCGCUGUAUGCUCUAGAGCCUUUUUCCACGCGUUUUCUGGCCUCGCCCCAGAUCCGUCUCCCCGCCCGCUUCUUUGGGGGAAUUGGCGGAUCGGGGGAGGAGGGGCUUUGGCGGCGCGACUCCUGAUGGAGGUGCACGCCGACGUAGAUGGGUCCGGCGUGCCCCUGGCUGUGCUCCUCAAGCGGGAGCUGUGCAACCAGAAGGUGGAGAAGCCGGACAUCCUCUUCGGGGAGGCCAACAAGAGCAAGAAAGGGGAGGACUUCACGCUCCUCAUGGCCAAGUGCCACCGCAGCCCGGGCGAGGGCGAGGGCGAGGGCGCCGCCGCCGCCGGCGGCGGCCAGAAUGCGGGCGACGACGACACCAUCUCUGUGUUUGCGAUUUUUGAUGGACACAAUGGAUCUGCAGCUGCCAUAUACACCCGGGAGAAUCUAAUAAACAAUGUGCUGGCAGCUAUUCCUCCAAAUCUCACAAGUGAGGAGUGGACAGCGGCAUUGCCAAGGGCACUAGUUGCUGGUUUUGUAAAAACAGAUAAAGACUUCCAGACAAAAGCUGCACGUUCAGGGACCACUGUGACUUUUGUUAUAAUAGACGGAUGGGUUGUCACCGUAGCAUCAGUUGGUGAUUCACGCUGUAUUCUGGAGUCUGCUGAAGGCACGGUUUAUUUUUUAUCAGCAGAUCACCGGCUGGAUGCUAAUGAAGAGGAGGUGGAGCGUGUAACAGCAAGUGGUGGUGAAGUAGGGAGAAUAAACAUUGCUGGGGGUGCUGGGAUCGGUCCACUCAGAUGCUGGCCGGGCGGGUUGUGCCUAUCAAGGUCAAUUGGUGAUACCGAUGUUGGGGAAUUUAUAGUCCCUGUCCCACAUGUGAAGCAAGUAAAGUUGUCCAAUGCUGGAGGGCGGCUUGUCAUUGCUAGUGAUGGUGUCUGGGAUGCACUGCACUUUCAAGAAGCUCUGAACUACACCAGGGGUCUGCCAGCUGAAGCUGCUGCUAAUCGAAUUGUUAAGGAAGCUGUGACUUCAAAGGGACUACGAGAUGAUACUACUUGCAUAGUAGUUGACAUACUACCUCCAGAAAAGUUAAGCCCUCCAUUAAAGAGGCAUGGAAAAGGAGGCAUUAUAGCUUUGUUCCGUCGGAGGCCCUCUGAUGAAAUGUCUGAAGAUCAGAUGGAUAGAGGGUGUUUAGAACCUGAUGUUGUCGAGGAAAUAUAUGAGGAGGGCUCUGCAAUGCUUGCUCAAAGGUUGAAUAUAAAUUAUCCAGCAGGAAAUAUGUUCAAGCUGCAUGAUUGUGCUGUCUGCCAGUUGGAGAUGAAACCUGGUGAGGGCAUCUCUGUUCAUGGUACCAUGCCAAAGCAUUCAAGAGUCGACCCCUGGGGAGGUCCCUUUCUCUGUUCCUCUUGUCAAGUGAAAAAGGAAGCCAUGGAAGGGAAACUACAUUCGAGAAGUACGGAUGUCUACUCAGAACCUAUAACUUUUUUUUACACUGGAUAAUAAAUGUACUGAAUCCUAAUUUACUCUCUUUUUUCCCCCAGAUUCUCAAUCUACUGUCCAGUCUGUGCCUAAGUAGUCCUUCCUGACGGUUUAUAUACAUUGGUUCAUACACACUAACUACCACUAACAACAGCUCUAGCAAAUAAAGUAGACUCUUCAGUUUCAUCUUAUUCAUCAAUCAAGAUAGACUCAAGAACUUUAACAUCUAUAAUCCUAUGAAAAUGGCAUUCCGUACAGAUGAUAAGAGAUUAUGGUGUCAUUUAUAUGAAGCACCAAAUUGUUCUGUAGAAGGUUCAAGUCUGAGCUUAUCAGUCUAUAUUUUGGAGAGACCACAACUGACCUCUAGGUUCCAAUGAACCCGUCGCCUUAAGGUGUGCUGCUUUCUGCCAUUGAUAUCAAGUCUGCGCGACUUGUCCAUUUGUGAAUACCAGUCAUCGAACCCCAUUUAGUCCAAAUGUAGUUUUUUUUCACAGGUCACGCUGAUUGAGGGUGACCAUAGAAGACAAAGCUUUUGCAGACUCACAGACACCUGUGAGGCUUUCUCAAUUAUUCAUCAUCUCACAAUGUGGAUUUUCUUUUCCUUUUCAAUUCUUUGCCAUGUGUAUAGUCAUGAGGCCCAUCACGUUGACCAGCUUUUUUUUGUAUUUGCACCAUAGUUCUGCAGUUGUACCAUUGUACUCAUAGUUUUCUAACAGAUACUUGUUUCUCUUUCUCUGGAAGUUUUGCUUCCCAUUGUACUUGAAAUAUUGUUUCUGAAUUUGAAUAGAGUAUAAUUUAAGGUUUCUAAUUGUAAUUC